AGGCAGCGCACCUCCCCGGCCACGGGGGGCCAGCGGCUCGCCGAGCCUCGGUCUGUGCAGGCAGUCUGCCGGCCUGCCCCGGGAGGAGGGCCCGGUAGAGGAGGCGGCCAAGCGGUAGCGGUAGCAACGGAGGUGCCGGCAGCGUGCGCAGCCCAGGGUGGCUGUGCGACCGGGCUCCUUCCCCGCUGCGCUUGCCGGCUGUCGCCCACCUCCCUGUCAGUGUUACCGCCCCCGGCCUGCGAGCAACAUGAGAGUAGUGGCUUUGAUCAGUGGUGGGAAGGACAGUUGUUACAAUAUGAUGCAGUGUGUUGCUGCUGGACAUCAGAUUGUUGCUCUAGCCAAUUUAAGACCUGCUGAAAAUACAGGGCAGACUGAUGAAUUGGACAGCUAUAUGUAUCAGACAGUAGGACACCAUGCCAUUGAACUAUAUGCUGAUGCAUUGGAUUUGCCACUCUAUCGUGGUUUUAUAAAAGGUACCAGUGUAAAUACUGGAAGAGUGUAUACUGCAUGCCAGGAAGAUGAGGUUGAAGACCUUUACCAGCUCAUGAAACUUGUUAAGGACAAAGAAGGAGUAGAGGGUGUAUCUGUGGGAGCCAUUCUUUCUGACUACCAGAGAGUUCGAGUGGAAGAUGUGUGCAGAAGGCUUAAUCUUCAGCCUUUAGCUUACCUCUGGCAUUGGAACCAGGAAAUACUGCUUAAAGAAAUGAUAUCAUCUAACAUUCAAGCCAUAAUCAUAAAAGUGGCAGCUUUUGGUUUAGAUCCAGAUAAGCAUCUAGGAAAAACUCUAGGUGAAAUGGAGCCUGUUCUUCUGGAGCUCUCUGAGAAAUACGGAGUCCAUGUUUGUGGAGAAGGAGGAGAAUAUGAAACAUUCACUCUGGACUGCCCUCUGUUUAAGAAGAAAAUAGUUGUAGAUUCAGCCAAGGUGGUCGUGCAUUCGGCUGAUGCAUUUGCACCUGUGGCCUACCUUCAUUUUUCAAAACUACACCUGGAGAAUAAGCAGGAAGAAUCCUUGUGUACUUUUGCGGUCAGUAGCUGUUCUUGUGAGAUGAGCUGUAUGGAUGAUGAUACUUUUCCUUCAUCAGAAGAGUAUGAACCACCGAAAAAUAUUCCAGUCAUCUGGAAGACUUUGAAACAUAAGUCUUCAUAUUUCACUAAGACACUUCAAAAUUCAGGAAAAUCCCUGAGUGGUUACCAGUGGUUUUCAGGUAUCACUGCCCACUUCCUUCCAUCAAAGGAUAAAAAUACUCAAGAUGCAGCACGAGAAGCAUUUUCUUCUCUCAGAGCUAAUUUGACUUCGAAGGGAUUGAAGCUGAAGGAUAUUAUUUUGGUUCAUCUGUAUAUGAAGAGCAUGAAAGAUUUCAGUGUUAUAAACUCAGUUUAUGUGACAGAAUUUGAUUUGUGUCCACCAGUAAGAGUAUGUGUGGAAACACUGUUACCUGAUGGAGUCCUGUUUUGCAUUGACUGCCUGGCACAUAAGUAUGACAUGGCAUCAGAUGAUGUGGUACAUGAUGAAAAGCUGGUCAUGCAUGUACAGAGCAUUUCCCACUGGGCACCUGCCAGCAUAGGACCUUACAGUCAGUCCAUCAAGGUUGGUGAUGUUCUCUACUGUGCCGGGCAGAUUGCUCUGGUGCCCUGCACGAUGCAGCUGGUGAGGGGUGGCGUACGCGCCGAGGCCAGCCUUUCCCUCCGGCACAUUGAGCGAGUUCUGCAAGCCAUGAGCCACAAGACUGCGCUCCACCACGUCAUCACAGCCAGCUGCUACGUCACCGACAGCAAGAGCAUUCCUAUUGCUCGCUCCAUGUGGCAGAGGAAAUUAGAAGAAUGCAAAAAGGUUGAAGAUUCGGAGAUGUAUCAUGAUGAAACUGCAGUAUGUGGGUUGCUUGCUGUGGUUGUAAUAUCUCACCUACCCAGAGAUGCUGCCAUUGAAUGGCAUGUUGUUGCAGUAGUUGAUGAUCCACUCCAAAGAAAGCAUUUUGCAAUGAAGAUGUUGUCAGAGGGCUUCCAAAUUGAGUGUGAAUCUGUGGAGUCUAGUUCUGCAUCUUGUGCAUCAAUCUCGGUACGCCUGAGCUUGAUUUCUUCAUCUACUUCUCACCUUGAUUUAGAUGGACCUCUUCAUGACUUAGUUGCUAUGUUUAAACAAGCUGUCGACAAACUUUCAGAAGACUGCAGUGCCAGUCCUUUGUCCUUCAGAGCUUUCUUCAAGGAGCAAGUCUUUGAUGCUGAAACACUACAAAAAGGUACUGGCAGGUGGCCUAGAUAUCUGUUACUCCUUAUAGUGAUUAAUAUGGACAGACUCCUGAAGAAAUAUCUGAAGUUGUGCUGGGAUAUCAAAACAAAGAUUCUGAAGAUAUGAAUGAAGACAUGGCUCAGCAAAUAUUAAGUGGAACUGAGAGGAACCCUAUGGUCCACUCAGACAAAAACACAGGAUGGUGCAGGACUGAGAAGAGCAGUAAAGCCAUUAUGAAUUGGCCAACAUUGACUAUUGCAGAUUAGCAGUUAAUUAUAGCAUUCUUAGUUAACAAAUCAUUCAUCUUGAAAUUAAGAUGUUUGUGACUACCGAGUGAACAUCUUUUUCUCUAAUUCAUAAACCUGGGUAAAACAUAAGAGGUUCUGUGGUCAUUGGGUUUCCAAAAAGAGCUAGAGCUAAGGCAAGAAAGGGGAUACAUGGAACCAUUUUCCUUUCCCUCCAGCUGUCAGCAUUCAGUAACAGAAAUGAAACCUUCUCUUUGGACUGGUGCUUUGGUUUCUAAUCUUUCAUUAUAUUGUACUGAUCUCUACCAGGUGAAUUUUAGGUGCUGGGAUGUUUUACUUAAUCUAUUCAUUGGUGGACUUUCUACAGGUUAUGAAGUUUCAUCUUUUUGAGGUUUUUAAGUUGUUACUAUACAAAAGAUGAGAAGAAAAUGUGUAGAAAAAAACAUACCAUGUAAACUCAGAAUUCAUUAUAGGAUGGUAAAAUUGUGGCAUGCUUUUGCUGGAUCAAAGACAGACCCUACAUAGUAAAGCACCUUCAGCUUUUGACUUACUGAAACAAGAGUUUUAAUGGCAGGUUACCAAACUCAGACCACAGAGCUCAGGAGGUUGUUCAUAACAUUAUUUGCUUUCUGACUUAGGGUUAAAGCAGAAGUUGGAAACUAAAGAAUGUAUCAGGGUUUUCAGAAUAACUGUACAGUGGUAAUCACACUGCAGGGCAGAUAAAGUAUCAGAGUGAGUUUUGAAGGCAAACGUAUAAUUUAUCCAUACUGUUUGACUGUGUAAAACUUUCAGGAUAGCUGUGGGCAGCACACUCAGUACAACUAGCAAGAAAGUUUCUUCUGGCUAACUCAAAAAUGUAUAUUAGGUGAAGACAUGUGCUGGAAAUUCAUGCCUAAACCUGGCAGCUUACUUAUGCCAUCAGACUGUGUAGUGAUAUUAGAUGAAUGAUGCCAAGCAAAAAAAGUAGUUUGGACUUUGUCCUAGAAAAGCCCCAACAUACCCACUUGGGCAAGGAUAGACAGGAAUGGUAAAGAGAUGAAAUUCAGUUUGUUAUAAAUGGAAACACAACUACUUCCAGAUUUUAAGAGGAUCACGUGGAGCUCUUAGGAUUGACCAGACAUCCAAGAUAUAUUUUUUCACACAAGGAACCUGAAGAGUACUUAAAGUACAAAUAGCUGACAAUGUCCGUAAAAAAUGGUAAAAGGUAGACAAUCUGUCGAAGUAAGGGAUGGGACGUUGAAAAAUCAGCAUUUCCUCUCUCUCCAAUGCAAAGGGGAAGUAGAUGUAGGCUGGCAGUUAAAGAUGUUACCUGCUCAUGACAGUUCUGGAGUAGUGAAGGACACACAAGUAAAUGUGUAGGCUGACAUGAGUAUCCAGAAUGUAUUUUAAUAACUGGAGGGUUUGGCGGGUGUGUAGAAUUUACCAAUUUUCUAUUUUCUUCUUUUUGUUACUCAUGUUAAGGUAAUUUAAAGCAGAAGUCGGAAGGGUAAAGCACUGUGAGAUAGAAAAUACCUUUUACCUUAAUAUCCAGUCCUAAAGAUCUUAUGCAAGUAAAUAUCUAGCCUUAGAAGCCUUAAGUAUAUUUUUCUCCAAGCUAAUUGUAUCCUUCCUGCAAUAUGACUUUGGUUGACAUUAAGCACAUCUAUUAAAUUUCAACAUAUUUAUUGGGUUAUCAAGUAAUUUUAUAUUUUGACAAUUUGAUUUGUGAAGAUUCUCUGCAGUGUAGAUCAAACAAAUUGUAUUGACAGACAGGAGUUUUUGAGCAAGUCAAUACAGGGGUACUGGAGUUUAAGAAUAGAAAGGAUUUUGUAGCUCAUCAAAUCCAAUUUCCUGGUGCCACAGGUGGUCAAGUGUUUCAUGUUCUACUGCUGUUGUAUUUCUGGAAAAAUAAACAUACAGCUUUCCUAAUUGUCUCACUUCAAGCCUAACAAGUUUUGCUGCUACUUAAGAUUCUCAGUUUUCCUGUCUUUUCACCUACCUAGUGACCCAUAUUGAAAACUGAGGCAAAAUAGCCAUCGCAUUUUGAAUAUUCAAUGCAUUUUGAACCAUGCAUGGUUUAUCCUCCAUUGUUCCUUUAUCUUCAGAGAACAGGGAUGUCACUUAAUGUUCUUUUAAAUUUAUGUGGAUGAAGAACCUUUUGUUAUCUAUUUUUUUAAGAUUUAUAAUAUUUGAUUUUCAGUAAAUCCUAUUUCACCACUAUACUUUUCAUCACUGAUGUUUAGCUUUCCUUAGUGACCACUAUUUGGUUUAAUUAAUUCUAAUUUUGUGAAAUUCACCCUUUCUUUUGAAAUCAAUAAACCUGAAGACUAACUUCUACUAAACCAUCAGCUAAUCAAAAUGUUAUCUGUCUGUCAUCACUUAAAAGAUUGUUUUUAUGACCAGCUAUUCUUUACUGCAUAUACCACUUCAAAAAUCAAAUGUAAAUCAGUUCUAAAAUAGAAUCAGCUCUAUUUGAUUCAGUAAUCAUUGACUAUUGUCUACCAAAUCUGGGGAUAACUGGUUCUGAAUAUUCUUAUUGACACUUUUCUCCCAGGGAAUGACACGGAAACUGAUCUGUCCAGCAGUAAUUUUGACUAUUUAAUUCCUAGCUCAUUUAUUUCUCCUUAACUAAAGCUAUGGUCCACAGACUUAUAAGCCAGUUUAAAUGUUAGAUCCUUUUGUCUUUCAAACUUCCAUCAGCUCCAAC